AGAGAGUAUAUGAGGAGCUUCCAAUCUCUGAUGCUCGAAGUGGGUAGUAUAAGUGAGGAAGAAAAGCUUUACAACUUUAUGCUGGAUUGCAGUUGUAGGUUCAGAACGAACUUAGGAGGGAGAAAGUAAAUAACCUCGCUUCAGCUAUCACGGUAGCAGAGAGUUUAAUGGACUUCAAAGGAAGUUCAGAUGGGGCAGAAAAGAACAAAACCUCUAAGGGCAAGAAGAAGUUCAGUGGGAAGAACGAUCAUGAAGCAUCAACACCCAAAGCAAAUGUUGACAACAAGGGCAAAGGCAAAGCGCUGGAUCCGGGGUGUUUCAUUUGCGGCGGUCCCCAAGUCCGAAGAGAGAGAAACUCAAUGCCUUGAUUGCUGAAGAAGACCAAGCGCCGGUUGAAGAAACCACUUCGAGGGUCUCAACUCUUGAAUUCCAUUAGACAAGAGAGUCGAUCAGAUACUAGGCUAAUGUUCGAAAA